AUGGCCUCAAACGGCGCGAAAACGGAAGGUGGCAAGAUGUACCGCAGCAUCACGGUUGUCGACAAGACCUCUAAGUGCAUCAGCGUCGUCGACAGCUUGCUCAAAUGCAGAAUGCUGGGACUCGACGCCGAAGGCGUCGCCCCAAGAAGCAGGGGCCCGAUCAGCAUGGUCACACUGGCCACGCUCGGACGGAACGUCUACAUCUUCGACGUCAAGGAGUCCGAGGAACUCUUCGAUGAAGGCAACCUCAAGCUGCUCCUCGAGUCUUCCAAGAUGCUCAAGGUAGUCCACGACUUCCGGAACAUCGCAGAGACGCUCUACAACACGUUCGGGGUCAAGGUGAGGAAUGUCUUCGACACGCACGCGGCCUACCAGACAAUCGCUCUCCAGAGGGGCAUUUUAGAGACCAAGGCCCUCAGCAUGGACGAACUGUUCGCACUGUACACCGAGCCGGCCAACCCGGAGAGCCCCUACGUCAGCUGGACGAGCGCGAACUCCAAGUGUUUCACGUUGCGACCCAUCACCAAGUGCGUGGCGUACUACACGGCCUUCAACACGUGCUGUCUUCUAACCUGCGUGUACGAGGACCAGGUCAGACGGAUCCGCCUGAACUACUGGCCCCUCCUGGCCGCGCUCAGCGAUGACCAGCUGGGCAACCGGACCAAUUCCGAAGAUCUGAUCAUAGAGGCGCUAUUCCAGUCUGUCAAGGACCAGGAGCACUGCCUGGAGUCCCGUUUCGGCGAAUCGUUUCCCGAAGAUUAACAAGCCUGAUCACGGAAACAGUGAUCAUUGGCCCGCUGAAUUGGAUGGUCUGGUGCAGCGAGGUUUUAUUCACGGAAUGUUUUUAGCUACAUGGGGGUGUGCGGUCUGAGUACAUGAUGCCAGAAUAAAGGAAUCGACCUUGA